UGUAACAGUCUAGUCUAGUCGCUGAGCGCUUCCUGCUUCAUAUCGUUUGACCGUGGCGUGCACAAAUAUUGAAAAAAGAGGUCCACUCUAAUUCAAAUAAAAUCGUCAUGAGUGGUUCCAAAUUAGAAUUCAAUGAUGAGAAACAAGUCGCUCUUGAUCAGUUUAGGAAUGAGGUAAAGGAGUGCCAAUUAAAAGACUCCAGUGACGAAUACCUUUUGAAAUGGCUGAACGCACAGGAUUUCGAUGUGGGUCGUGCAGAGAAAAUGCUCAAACAGUCCUUGGAAUGGAGGCGAGAGAGCGGGGCGGAUGAAAUCCUGCAGACGUACGUGCCAAAGGAAGUCUUGACAAAUUAUUUCUCCGCUGGGCUGGUUGGAAUUGACAAAUUCGAUGGUCCCGUGUUCGUGUGUGUCAUCGGGAGAGUAGACAUCAAGGGACUUCUUAUGUGUGUCACGCAUAAAGAAUUCUUGAAUUUCACGACAUGGUUGUGCGAGACUUUUGCUCUGGCCAUAAAUCAAGAAAUCGAGAGAACCGGUAAGCGGACAACCCAGCUGACACUCAUGCUGGACUUUGAACAUUUCUCCAUGAGACAAAUGGCUAGCAAACAAGUGCUAGAGGCUCUUUUGGAUAUGAUCAGAACAUACCUAAUCAAUUACCCGAAAUCUUUUCGUCGAGUAUUUGUCGUCAAUGCACCCAAAGUAUUCCAUCUGCUUUUCGCCUUAGUCAAACCGAUUCUAUCACCGGCCGACAUCCCGAAAAUCAAGAUAUACGGUAACGACAAAAAUGAGUGGACAUCCGCUUUACUGGACGAAAUCGAAGCUGAAUACGUGCCAUCGUAUUACGGCGGGACCUUAACCGAUCCCGAUGGCAACCCCAAAUGCCCCAGCAAGUUCAAUAUGGGAGGUGAAGUACCUGCUUCGUAUUACCUGAGCAAUAACGGACCCGUUGCUAAGGACUACAUGGAAACCAUGACAAUCAUCGCCGGCGCUGGUGGUCGAAAGAAAAUGAAAUACAAAGUUGAUGUCGCUUCUUCUAUUCUAAAAUGGGAAUUCAUGACGGAAGGAGGUGACAUCCGAUUCCGAGUUUACACCAAAAAUGCCAAAGGGAAUGAAGAGGAUUUGGUUUUACCGUGUCGAGUUGAUAGCCAUUUGGCUAUGGAAGAAGGUCAGAUGACCUGUGACGAGCCAGGCAAAUAUGUCUUCGAGUUUGACAACACUUUCAGCUAUUUGCGAACGAAGAAAGUCCGUUAUCGAAUCUUUGUCGAACCGCCCUCAUCGGAGAAAGUUUAACAAUAGUCACAUUUUGAAGAGGAGAGAUUAUUUGUUGUCCAUGUGGGCAAUAUAAAGGGAAACACUUCGAGCCUAUAGAAUAAAUAUAAAUCUCUAUAAGGAA